AACCAGUUCCGUCGAUAGCCUCCUGCUAAUCUCCGGUCUCAGGGAUCCUCCUCAGAUCGAAAUUUCUCUCCUUUUUCCGAUCACCUCUCCGUUUUACGAUCAUAUCCAGCUGGGUUGAAGCUCGUCUCUGUUAGUUUAUCAUUUCAUCUGUCGGCGCGAUUUUCUCGGAGAUGGUUGUUGCCGUUGAAUCGCAUUGCGUUUUAGAUAAUUUCGAUUGAAGUAGAUAGAGGUCUAGGCUUUGAUCAAAUCUUCGCUCCCCUCCCUUAAGUGAGAUUCCGAUUUGAAUCUGGUUUUAUAGAUUUUAGAUGAAUCUCCCUUGGUAGGUUAGGAUUCUGAGGGAAUGAUUGGUUUGUAGAUCUUGUCUGGUUCACUAUAAGGGCAUGUUUAGCCUCGAGGAAGGCCCUGGAACAUGCUAUCUCUGCCACCCACUCGCAGAUUCUUCUUCCGUUCUUGUUCCUCUAUAGCCACUACUGUUGCAUCCAUCCCAGCUAAACCGAAUCAAAAGGAGCCUGCCCCUGCCCUUGUCAAGCUUAAAUCUGAGCGAGACCCUGAGAAGCUAUUCAACCUCUUCAAAUCCAACGCCACUAACUCCUUGGUCAUCGAAAACCGUUUCGCUUUCCAAGACACUGUCUCUAGAUUAGCCGGAGCGCGUCGGUUUGAUUACAUCGAGGCACUUCUCGAGCAUCAGAAGACGCUUCCGCAAGGUCGCCGCGAGGGCUUCGUCGUCAGGAUUAUAAUGUUAUACGGAAAGGCUGGAAUGACCAAGCACGCGCUGGAUACUUUCCACAAUAUGGAUACGUCCAAGAGGACUGUUAAAUCCUUCAACGCCGCGCUUAAAGUCUUGUCUUUGAAACCUGAACUCCACACCAUCCAGGACUUCCUUGGCCAUGUCCCGUUCAAGUAUGGGGUUGAAAUGGAUGCGGUUUCUUUCAACAUUGCCAUUAAAUCUCUCUGCGAGAUGGGGUUUCUUGACAAGGCUUCUCUGGCGAUGAAUGAGAUGGAGAAGUCUGGGUUGAAACCAGACGUAGUUACGUAUACUACGCUUAUAUCGGCUUUUUACAAGCAGGACAGGUAUGUGGUUGGCAAUGGACUGUGGAACCAUAUGGUCCUCAAGGGAUGUAGGCCUAAUCUCACUACCUUUAAUGUUAGGAUUCAGUUUUUAGUUAAUAGGGGACGAGCUUGGGACGCCAAUGAUCUGUUGCUGCUGAUGCCAAAGCUCCAGAUGGAACCGGACAGCUUGACGUAUAACAUGGUUAUCAAAGGUUUUUUCGUAGCGGGGUUCCCUGAAAUGGCUGAAAGAGUUUAUACGGCGAUGCAUGGUAAAGGUUGCAAACCCAACGUGAAGAUCUACCAGACGAUGAUCCAUUAUUUGUGUAAGGCGGGGAAGUUUGAUUUGGGUUAUACGAUGUGUAAGGAUUGUAUGAGAAAGAAGUGGUAUCCGAACUUGGACACGGUUGGUGUUUUGCUUGAUGGGCUUGUGAAAAAGGGGCAGCUUGAUCAGGCUAAGUUGAUAAUGGGGUUAGUUCGGAAACGAGUCCCUCCUUAUAGCUCAAAACAGUUGCUCUCUCUGGAGUCCAUUUUUUAAUGUGUUUACAUGAAGUUGGUUUCAUUUUACACGACUAUGGGGGGGGGCGACAAAAGGGUUAUCUUUCUUUCUCCAAAGUCCAGAGCUUCUCUUUUGUAUAGUUGUGGUGGAACUGGAAAAUUGAUCUGGUCCUAUAUUGGGAGGCACACCAGCGUGACCAAUGUUUCGCACAUGUGCUGGAGGAAGACAUGGAUAUGAAAUUUGUUUGGUGAUGCACAUUCGCUACAGGAAGACAUGCACAGUUGCACUCAAACAAUGAAAAACCCAUGGAAAAAGGUAGGAAUCUUUGAACAAGUGAAGAAAAGAAGAACUGAGAAGGCAAGAAGAAGUUUUAGUUUGUUAAUUUAGAAGAUGAUCCACAAUCUGAGUGUACUGUUGGAUCAACAAUAUUCUUUUGAUUACCAAAAUAUAAAUGCAUACUAUUAUGUCAAAUUUUUUAUCCCAUUAAUGAGAAAGCAAACAAAAUUUUAUA